AUGGGCCGAUCCGACACGGCGUCGGUCCGUGCGAGCGUGGACAAAGCCGAGAACCUGCACGCCGAACAGCUCGAGAUGCCCGACCCCGUGAAGCCGGGCCAUGUCGACGAGGAGCUCGAGGAGGCUCUGCGCAACUAUGUGCCCGGCUCCGCUGAGGAGAAGAAGCUCUUGCGCAAGAUCGACUUGCGCUUGAUGCCUAUUCUUUGGAUCAUGUACAUUCUCAACUACGUCGAUCGCACCAAUAUCGGAAAUGCCAAGAUCGCCGGCAUGGAAGACGACCUGAACCUCGAUGACCAGAAGUACGCUUGGGUCUUGUCCAUCUUCUUCUUCGGCUACCUCCUUUGCGAGGUUCCCUCCAACAUGAUCCUCAGUCGGUCGCGGCCCUCGCUGUUUCUGCCCGGCAUCAUGAUUGUCUGGGGCGCCCUGAGCGCCGCCAUGUCCGCUGCCCAGACCUACGGAGCCAUGCUUGCCUUCCGCUUCGUUGUCGGAUGCAUCGAGUCGGGCUUCUUUCCUGGUGUCUUAUACCUGCUGAGCUGUUGGUAUACCAGCGGCGAGCUUGGCAAGCGCUUCACCAUCUUCUACACGGCCGCCACCCUCUCCGGCGCCGUCGGAGGUCUCAUCUCCGGCGGCAUCACCGACGGCCUGCACAACGCCCACGGCAUCUCGGGCUGGCGCUGGCUCUUCAUCGUCGAGGGCGUCUGCACCGUCGGCGUCGCCUUCUGCGCCAUGUUCAUCCUGCUCGACUACCCGGCCACGUCGCCCGCCCUCAGCCUCGAGGAGAAGCAGCUCGCCACCGUCCGCCUCAUCGCCGACACGCGCUCGCGCGAAGCCGAGACCAGCACCGCAGGCGCGAAGCUCACCCACAUGCAAGCCUUCACCGCCGCCGUCGUCGACUACCGCACGUGGUACUUUCUCGUCCUGCUCAUGCUCAACGUCGGCUCCGGCACCAUCUCGUACUUCAUCCCGACCCUGACCAAGACGCUCGGCUACGACGGCGUCACCGCCCAGUACAUGACGGUCCCCAUCUACGUCGUCGCCGCGCUCGUCGCCAACUGCGCCGCCGUCGCCGCCGACCGCGUGCAGCGCCGCAGCGGCGGCGCCAACGGCGCCCGCGCCCCCUUCGUCGCCGCUUUCCUCGCCCUCGGCUGCGCCUGCGCCGUCGUCUGCGCCGCCGUCACCCACCACGUCGUGCGCUACGUCAUGACGUGCUUCGUCGCCGCCGGCAUCUGGACCGCCCUGCCGCUGGCCCUCGCGUGGAUCUCAAACACGAUCAACGCCCCGCCCGAGAAGAGGGCCAUCGUCCUCGCGUUGGUGAAUGCGUGUGGCAAUCUGUCGAGCGUGUAUGGUAGCAGGAUCUGGCCGGAUAGGGACGCGCCGGAUUAUCGGAUGGGGUGGGGUGUCACGGCGGGUUUCCUGGGGGCGGCGACGGUCAUGGUGGUGAUCAGUCCGGUGGUGUUUAGGAUUCCGUUCAAGGAGUUGCGGGUGGCGAGGAGCGAGGAGAGUGGGGAAGCGAGGGUGGAGGACGCCGGGGAGGAAAGGUAG